AUUUGGAAAAAAAUUGAUUCACGAUGGACUCCACAACUUCAUCAUCCUCUACACGCGGCCGGGUACUAUUUGAAUCCGCAAUUGCGUUAUGAAGAAAGAUUUUCUUAUUGUGAUGAAGUUAGAGAUGGAUUGUAUACUUGCAUGGAUAGGAUGUUGUCUUCUGAUGAUCGUCUUAAAGCAGACAUCCAAUUGGACUUAUAUAAUAAAGCUGAAGGAGAAUUUGGAACUCCAAUAGCAAAACGAACAAGAAUGUUGCGAACUCCGGUCUCGUGGUGGGAACGUUUUGGAAGUAAGACACCCGAGCUUACUACAUUUGCAAUUCGAGUGCUUGGUCUCACUUGUAGUGCUUCGGGAUGUGAAAGAAAUUGGAGCACUUUUGAAUCGAUUCAUACAAAAAAGAGAAAUAGGCUUGAACAUGCAAAGUUGAAUGCGUUGGUGUUUGUGAAAUAUAACUUCAAGCUUAGGGAGAGAAGUAUUAGGAGGAGAGACAAGAUUGAUCCCAUUGUAGUUGAUGAAAUUAAUUCAGAUGAUGAAUGGAUAACUGAGAAAGAAGGUCCAGUUCUCCCCGUAACUACUAAAUGGCUUGAAGAUGAUGAAUUAUUUGAAAGUGAUCCUAUUGUGAGUGUGCCAUCUGCUACCUUUGAAAGUCUUUUCGACUCAGAUAAGCGAGUCGAAGAUGUUGAGGAUAUAGUUGAAGUUGCUCCUACGAAUUCAAAAAAAAGAGUUGCUGAAAAUUCAAGUGGAAGCAAAGACAAACAAGCAAGGUUGAGUCUUGUUGAUGUGGAAGAUAAUCAUCUUGAUGCUGAAAAUUAUGGAGUAAUUCCAACUUUUGAUAGUGGAAAUUUUCCAACCAUAGACACUAUUGAUGAUGAUAGUGAUAUAGAGUUGGAUGAUACUGAUUAUUUUUAAGUUAUGUUGUUUUAAUUAUAAGACUUUUUAAAUUGUUGGUAUGGGAUA